CACGUCUUUUGGAAGCUCGGAUCACACUGUUGGGGAUUGAAAAACCAAAAAAAUCCUGAGGAGCCGCCCCGCGUAACCUGGAAGAUCUCCGCGGUUUUUUGCGCUCCUUACAGGUGAGCUGCGGACAAUCUGAGGAUUACAACAGAUCCUACAAACUGCAUGUGUGUUCUAUGAGGAGAGAACAAAGUGCUGGUGAAUCUCUACCUGCUGGACUCUGAGGAGGAUCUUCUUACUGCACUUGACAGGGGCGGCACUCACAAAUCCGGGGACGGGAGCUGAAAGGGCAGAAAAGCAGCCACCAUGCCUCUGGCACAGAUCGCAGAGCCAUGGCCCACCAUGGAACUAGUGCAGCUGGAAACAGAGAAUGGGCAGAGCACUGCCGAGGACGGGGUCACGCCUGCUGUCAAGGAAGAUGGAGACUUCAAGGAGAUCAACAUUACCCAUGUGGUGAAGGAGGGCUCAGAAAAGGCUGAUGCCUCCCACUUUGAACUGCUCAAAGUUUUAGGACAGGGAUCAUUUGGAAAGGUGUUCCUGGUGCGAAAGGUGACCCCUCCUGAUGCAAACCAACUCUACGCCAUGAAAGUUCUUAAGAAGGCAACACUCAAAGUGAGGGACCGAGUGAGGACCAAGAUGGAGAGAAACAUCCUGGCAGAUGUCAACCAUCCAUUUGUUGUCAAACUGCACUACGCAUUUCAGACUGAAGGGAAGCUGUACCUGAUCCUGGACUUCCUCAGAGGAGGCGAUCUCUUCACCAGACUCUCUAAAGAGGUGAUGUUCACUGAAGAAGACGUGAAGUUUUAUCUGGCGGAGCUGGCGCUAGGACUGGACCACCUCCACAGCCUGGGGAUUAUCUACAGAGACCUCAAACCUGAAAACAUCCUCCUGGAUGAGGAGGGACACAUCAAACUCACAGAUUUUGGUUUGUGCAAAGAAGCCAUUGACCAUGAGAAGAAAGCGUAUUCCUUCUGUGGUACAGUGGAGUACAUGGCGCCAGAAGUUGUGAACAGGCAGGGACACAUCCACAGCGCUGACUGGUGGUCAUUUGGAGUACUGAUGUUUGAGAUGUUGACAGGAGCGCUGCCAUUCCAAGGGAAAGACCGUAAAGACACUAUGAACCUGAUUCUGAAGGCGCGCCUGGGAAUGCCUCAGUUUCUCAGUCUAGAAGCUCAGUCUCUACUCAGGGCUUUGUUCAAGAGGAACCCCGCCAACAGGCUGGGUUCUGGUCCAGAUGGUGCAGAAGAGAUCAAACGGCACUGCUUCUUCUCUACUAUAGACUGGAAUAAACUCUUCCGGAAAGAAGUAAAGCCUCCAUUCAGACCUGCAGUCGCUCGACCUGAUGACACAUUCUACUUUGACUCUGAGUUCACCUCCCGCACUCCUAAAGACUCCCCCGGCGUGCCCCCCAGCGCUGGAGCCCACCAGCUGUUCAGAGGCUUCAGCUUCAUUGCAUCAAAUCUUUUGGAGGAAGAAGGUUUAAUGGAGCCGGUCCAGCCCCCUCACCCUGUGGUCCAGCAGCUACACGGGAAAAACCUGCUGUUCAGCGACGGCUACGUGCUGAAGGAGGACAUCGGCAUGGGCUCCUUCUCAGUCUGCAAACGAUGCAUCCACAAAGCCACCAACACGGAGUACGCCGUGAAGAUGAUUGACAAGACCAGCACUGACCCCUCUGAGGAGAUUGAGAUUCUACUUCGGUACGGUCAGCACCCCAACAUCAUUACGCUGAAAGAUGUGUACGAUAACGGUAAGCAGGUGUUCAUGGUGACGGAACUGAUGCGUGGUGGAGAGCUGCUGGAUCGGAUCCUCAAACAGAAGUUUUUUUCCGAACGGGAGGCCAGCACAGUGCUGCACACCAUCACUAAGACUGUCGAGUACCUCCAUUCACAGGGGGUGGUCCACAGAGACCUGAAGCCCAGCAAUAUCCUCUACGUUGAUGAGUCUGGAAAUCCAGAGUCCAUCAGGAUCUGUGACUUUGGCUUUGCUAAGCAGCUGCGUGCUGACAAUGGCUUACUGAUGACCCCGUGCUACACGGCUAACUUUGUUGCGCCUGAGGUGUUGAAGCGUCAGGGUUAUGAUGAAGGAUGUGACAUCUGGAGUUUGGGAGUCUUGCUGUACACGAUGCUGGCCGGAUUUACUCCAUUUGCCAAUGGACCCGAGGACACCCCGAAUGAGAUUCUGAACAGGAUAGGCAACGGUCAUUUCAGCCUGUCUGGAGGCAACUGGGACACUGUAUCCAACUCUGCCAAGGAGCUUGUUUCCAAGAUGCUUCAUGUGGAUCCCCAUCAGAGACUGACUGCUAAGCAGGUCCUUAGACACCCCUGGAUUGUCCAGCGAGACAAACUAUCCAAUAGCCAGCUGCCACACCAGGACCCCAAACUGGUCAAGGGUGCGAUGGCGGCCACCUACUCCGCUCUGAAGAACUCUCAGCCCACUCCAGAGCUCAAGCCCAUCGAGAGCUCCUUCCUGGCCCAGAGGCGCGUUAAGAAGCUCCCCUCCACCUCCCUGUAGGGACUUGAAACCAGCCAGUCAGCUGACUGGAGACUGACCAAAUCCGCACCUCCUGGCUUUAACCACCCAGUCAGCUCGCUCGGGGAAUGAUGUUCACCCGCUACAACCAGCCUAGGAACACUGACUGUGGUCCUGCCCUGUCUUUUGGAGUCAAACGUCCUGCUCUUGCUGUCAUCUUCUUUGGCUCUGAGUUGUUUUUUUUUUCCCAUGGGCGUGCAAAAGAUCAUGAAAGGUGGAGCGGGGGCACUUAGGGCUUAAAACAAAAAGGGAGGGACGGGUUUUCGGUUGACUUGUUUGUGCCGUAUGUACUUGAGUGCGUGCGAGUGAUGCGUGACCUGCAACAGCGUCACUGCAGCCACGCCUUUGAUUGUAACGAUGAACGUUUUCCUUCCUCCUCACUGCUGUUAUCGGUUGUCAUUCGGCUCGCUGCACGUCUGUCCGCCUGUUUUGUCGUCUGUCUUCUUUUGUAAAGUUGACAAGCUUUAUAUAGUGCUGCCAAAAAAGCUGUGCCCACAGCACGGAAACCACAGUGCUGUCGAACUGCUGUGAAAUGUUUUUUGAAGGAGCAUUAUUACCGUAAACCUGAUUUUUUUUUUUUUUUUUUAACCAUAAAUGCCUGUUCGGCUUUGGUAUAUCCAUAACACUUGGAUUCUGGGGAAUGUUGAUUGCUGACGGUUUAGUUCCUGUUGAUCUGUGCUUGUUUGUUGUGUGUGUGUGCGUGUGCGCAUCAGUUGCAUGACUUGAAUUGUGCGUCUGUGUGUAUCUGUGUGUAUGUCUGGGUGUUUGCAUCAUGACACGCUGCCGAGUCCUCUCUCUCUCUCUCUCUCUCUCUCUCUCUCUCUCUCUCUCUCUCUCUCUCUCUCUCUCUCUCUCUGUGUGUGUGUGCGCUCGGUCGACCACUUGCGAUGUCUGUUUUUUUGUGUUUACUACAAAAACUCGUAAAAUCGGUGGCUUUCUGUGAAAGGAACGUGCACACGGAAACAAUGCAGCAUGAUAAAUUGCUUCUUUUUCUGAUCUUUUCUACGUGUUUCUUGAAUAUUGAAUGCCGUUUUUGUGUGUUUGCCGCUUUUGAUGUUGUUUCAUUUUGUUCGGAGAAAGUGGUAAUUGUAAAAAAA